CGUCGUUGGACGAUUGCUUUCCAUCUGGUGUCGUGACGGCUGCUGACGCUCUUCUUUACUCUGCUUGAAAGAUCAUUGAAAAUGAAGGUGGUUUCCCUGGGGGAAGGAGCGAGGCCGGCGGUUCGAGGAAACCUCAGGCUCGGCCUCUUGUUCGUCCUCGUCUCUCUGGAGCUGCUGAGCUCAUCGCCGGCACCCUAUCGACGGAGAUCCACGCAACACGCAUUCUUUGUUGCCCCUGCUCUGGGCAGGAGCAGGCCGCUGCAUGCCGCCCCUCACACCGCCAUCCUGUCUGCACUCAUCCCCGGCGUUGCCUUGCUCCCCCUCACGGCCUCAGCUGACGUGAUGCUGCCGCCGGCUGUCAGCCAACCAACGGGCCUUCCCACCGCUCCUGAGCCAUCGACCGCCGGUCUAUCAUCGUUUCUUCCCAGUCCCCUUGAUCUGUCAAGUGUCGUGUUGGCUGAAUCGACCUCAUCAGUUGGUGAGGGCUAUCGUGAGGGCAUCAAGAACGUCGCCGCCGUGCAAGGGUACUCGCAGCUGGAGGAGCUCAGCUUCGCGGACUUCAUGGAGCAGAUCCGCAGCAACGCGGGGAGCAACCCGAUCACUAGAGUGACCUUCAUCGGCAGCAGGGCCGAGAGGUGUGUCGUCUUAUACGCUGAUGGGACUCGUAAGCGUCUCGGCGAAGGGUAUCCACGUGAGUCGCCGACCAGCCAGGAGACGCCGCAGUGGGUGGUGGCUCGUGUGCGGGAGUUGAGGAUUCCCUAUGACUUCACCAUCAAUUUAGGUCCUGCCGGGAUGGAUGGAUGGAUGGAUGGCUGUAGUUGUGUGCACUCAUGCGUGAGGGUAUUUGUUGUGUUGUGCUGUGUUGUGUGGUUGUGUUUAGGUCGGUAUCGCGAUCGGGGUGUGGACGAGAACUACAUGACUCCAGGCGCUCGCAAACAAGAGAUGCUCGAGCAGCAGUUUGGCAGACAGCAAACCAGAUAGGCCGGCAGUUAGAUAGACACAGAUGGUUGGUCCCUGCCUGGUCUACCUAGCCGCGCUGACGAUGGUCCUGGUGGGAUAUGACACGUGCUGUCGCAGAUAAGUCUUCCG